AUGGGUCCAUCUCUCAGAGGCCACACCUCCAUGACUUCAAUGGCUCGUCCUCAGACCCGCGAUACCAAUCGUCCUACGACGAGAGAACAGCAAGUCGACAAUGCUAUCGUUCCAAGCCGAACAUCUUCUCUUCAUUCUCGAAUCACCCAACCCCUACCUUCUACUUUGGCCAAAUCGAAUAACCGACCAACCCCGAAAACCUUGACCCAUGCGUAUAUGGUAUGCGGUGUAGGAAGAGAGCCUUCACAAUGGGUCAAAGCACCACCUCCAUCACACGGGAAAAUCCAACACAUGAAGGGGGCUGUAGGCCAAUUCUGGCUUCCAGAGAUCUUGGGAAGCAGUCCCAGACUGGAAAGCGACAACGAGAUUGCCAGAGCUCUACACAGUGCAAUGAGGGCCUGUUUUCCUCAUGAUGUGGAAAUUUGUACUGGUCGAAGCCAGCCACACUGUGUUCACCAUUCAUUUGUUCUCCAACAAGAUUCCCAGCACACCUUGUACGGUAUUGCUCUUCGAGUCUGGUCUCGAGCAGAUGAGAAGAGAGCUGAGACUAUUCGUGAUCUACGCCGCAAGACCGAACCCGACUACAGAGAUGUUGCUGAUGAGACCUAUUGGAUUCCCUACUGCUUGAGUUUCUUGUCGAGAUAUCCUUUGUACAACCUCCUCGGCGACUAUUUGCGAGGAAUGUGGAUUCACUGGAACAAGGCGACGAAUUUGUUCCAUGCCGAGGAAGUUUCAAGGAUUCUCAGUUUCCCUGCUCCACGACUCAAUGACCUGGUUCGCAUCGACAUGAAAGAUUAUGCUCUCUGCUAUCAGUUCCCAUCCUCUCCGACGGGAUUUCAAAACUUUGCUAUGUGGCCUUUGUUCAAUUGCUUGACGAUCCCAAAUAUUGUUGGUCUCAUUGAAGCUGCAGUCUCACCGACUCGCCGCAUUAUUCUGACCAGCCACCACCCUGCCAUGCUGACAAUCGCUGCCGAGACGAUCAGAUUCUGCGUCCGCGUCUAUGAAUGGAGUGGCCUCUACGUCCCCGUCGUUCACGCCCGAAAUGUCAGCGAAAUGGUCCAAGAGCCUGGCCCCUACAUCCUGGGCAUCACCACCGAAUGCCGAUCCCUGUUCCAGCCACCAAAGGAUGCUCUCCUGGUUGAUUUGGAUCGGAACUUGGUCAUCACGGAUCACCCCCCGAACAUUUUGACAGCUGGCCAACGCACCAAGAUGAUCAAUCGUCUGGCUCAAGCCUUGAACAGCGAUGUCGAGAUCACAGGAGUCCCACAACAUCUGAAGUCCGCCUAUGGUGGUGGCAAACUCAUCCCUGCUGGACAAAUCAUUGUCCUGCGCGGUGAGGUUGAAAGUGUUCAGGACCCUUCAUGGUGGAACCAAGAUGCUGUUAUGGCUGUCAUGGAUCACGUUUGUGAGAAGCUUGGUCGCAACACUGGUGUCAAGGCCUUGUUCGGUGGCUCCAUGAAGAAGCCAUUGAUGACCAAGAUUUCGAUGAGACACAUGAACGAAAUUGUCCGAGAACGCAACCAAUAUUCCCGUGAUGCACUCGAAGCCUGGCAAGACUUUAUCAAUCUCAAGGGCCGUAUGGAUACCGAACUGGCCAAAGUCGCCAAGCGCAAUAACUACCUCGAACAAGAAGUCGAGACCUGGAAAUUGCAAUUCCAGAAAUUCCAAGCCUUUGUGGAGUCCCUCAACAAGGAGUUGGCUGAACUUCGCGUCAAGAUCGAGAGUCAUAAACGCGAGAACCGCCGACUUACUGGUCUCAUUGAUCAACAGAAAGACGAUGCCGCUCGUCUGGCUCUCCGACUCUCGGGCACCGAGAGACAGCGUGACAAUGCUCUGGAAGCGCUCGUUCUGCAGCAAGGCAUCGCUGAAGAUCUCGAGAAAGAACGCGCUCGCAAUCGGAAGGAGAUUGCGGCCAUGCAACAUACCAACCAAACCCUCCAGAGACAACGUGAUGAAGCUCAACGUGUGGUUCUCCAUCUCCGUUCUCUGAUCACCGGCCAGACUCAUCACAUGGAACACAUUGUCCGUUCUAUCGGUUCCGCGUCUGAGCUCGCUGAAUAUAUCCAUGAAGGAUACGACGAUGAUGAGGACGAGGAAGACGACCAAGAUGAAUCCGCUGAAGAUGGCGACCGACUCAAGAAUGUCACCGGCCGAUCGGGCAAGCGUGCUUCAAGAGCGGGCUCCGUCGAUGGUCAAGAUGUCACGCCCUCCAUGGAAAACAAACUGCUCGCAACCAGCAAGCGAACUAGCAAGCGCUUCUCAGGGCUCAGCAUGUCUGAUGUUGCUGAUCGCCACCUUCGUGACAAGACUGAUGCCAUUGCCGACAUUAUCCGAAACAUUAGCGAACAAUGUGCCGCUGCAGUUGAGGGUCUGCAAUUGGCCAAUGAAGCUGCUGAUGUGGAAGAUGAAGAACACGCAGAGGCCGACGAAGCUGGUGUGUCUCCGUCAACAAGUCACGCCCGAGAAGAUAGCGGCAACUUGUCUCCCGUGGAGCAUCUGACCACCGAUUCUCGUUCCGGCACGGGUCACUUGACUCCUCAGAGUGAACGAAGUUCCAUCCCACCCACACCAGAUCUGGUUCAUCAACGAUCCAGCACGGCAUUAAGCAUGGCUAGCACGGCGCCCACAAACUAUACUGCUCGAGAAUCCCUGAAUCAUAACACUCGAGCCGACCGGACCAAGAUUGUCGAGGAUGAGGAUGCCGAACGUGCUCAUGGCGCGGCAAGUGUCAAUGGUACAAGCAGCGUCAAGGGUGACCCCGUCGUCGAAGAGACCGGCAAGCAACCUCCGGGCCGAGGUGCUGUCCUCAGCCGAGUCAUUGAAGCAUAG